AGCAGCGGGACCGAGCGACGUGGACCAGCCGGAGGUUUUAUAAACUUCCAAGUUAUGGGACAGCGAUUAAGUAACGAUGGUUUUCUGUAAAUAGAGCUGAACUGCAGUCAUAGAAGGACUUUAAAUUCACCGCCACUUCCGCUAGCGUUGAGUUGAAGGCGAUCGGUUGUGAUCAUUUCUAAGAUGAUCCACAAAGAGACUGAAUCAGACGCCUGGUUUUACACUUUGAUCAGAGCAGUCUCUGCGGGGCUGGCUCACCUCAUCUCUGGAGUCUUUCCAGCUUUUAUUGCUUUUCUCUCUCGACCCGGAACGAGUUGGUUUUCAUGGCAUCCUUUCCUGAUGACGGUAGCUUUCGGCUUCUUAAUGACACAGGCCAUCCUCCUCUUCUCCCCCCACGCUUCCCUCAUCAAGAGGUUUCCACACAAGACCAAAGGCCGUGUUCACUGGAUCCUGCAGGGCCUCUGUGCCUCCUGCGCAGUUCUGGGUCUUGUUGCCAUUUCCUACAACAAGUACCUGAACGGUAAAGCACACUUCUCCUCCUGGCACGGUCUGCUGGGCCUGAUCACGGUGUGUGUGGUGUGCGUGCAGUCCUUGGCGGCUGUGCCUCUCAUCUACCACUCUCUGGCCAAAGGUUGGUCCCUCGCCAAGCUUAAGCGCUACCACGCUGCGUCCGGGCUUGUCACCUUUUUGCUGGGGAGCACCAGCCUGCUCCUGGGGCUCUGCUCCUCAUGGUUUACAGCGUCUGUUGGGGGAUAUGCCUGGUACUUGGUGGCACUUUGCCCCACGCUCAGUGCUGUCAUCAUAAUGAACCAGGUCUCCAGUGCUUACAUCGCUAAAAAACGACUGCAGUCAUGAUGGAGAUACAUUUAUUGGACAGUCGGUUCAUUUUACUCCUUUUAAAAGACUGAACUACAACUUCUCAGGCCACAGACUUCCCUGCCUUUUUAUGUUUGAUGCUAAUUUUUAAUAAUGAUCUUUCCAUGUUUGAAUGAAUAAAGUCA